AUGGCGUCCAAGGCAGCAGCAGAAGUAAUCCGCGCUCACAACCAACAGGCCCGCCAAUCCCUCCCUUUCGAUGACGAGACAGAUUUUCAAAAUGCGACAAAAGGCCGCAUCGGGACGCGCCAGCCCAACGUCAUCACGAAUGCCGCCGGCGCCGUGAUAUGGGACAAUGACUCGUACAAGUUCCUCGAAAACGAGGCCCCGGACACCGUACACCCCAGUCUCUGGCGACAGGCGCAGCUCUGCCGGCUGGACGGUCUGUUCCAGGUCACAGAGGGCAUCUACCAAGUGCGCGGCCUAGACUUGUCCAACACGACCUUCGUCGAAGGCGACGAGGGCCUCGUCAUCAUCGACGCGCUGACGUGCUCGGAGACGGCGGCCGCAGCGCUCCAGCUGUACCAGCAGCAUCGCGGCAAGCACCGGCGCAUCAGGGCCAUUGUCUACACGCACUGCCACGCCGACCACUUUGGCGGCGUCAAGGGCUUCGUCACAGAGGACCAGGUCCACCGGGACGACAUCAAGAUCAUCGCGCCAGAGGGGUUCCUCGAGCACGCCGUGUCGGAGAACGUGUUUGCCGGGACGGCCAUGAGCCGCCGGGCGGGCUACAUGUACGGCGCCGACGGGGGGCACGCUGACGCUCAUCGCGCCCAACGACACCGUCCGGACCACGGGCGAGGAGCGCAUCGCCGCCGGCGUGCGGAUGGUUUCCGGGCGCUCUGCGCCGCCGAGGACGCGACGCACACCCUGCACAACAUCCUGACGCCGCGCGGCGCCGUCGUCCGCGACGCCCACCGCUGGAGCCGCCUUCUCACCGAGACGAUUGACCUGUUUGGCGGCCGCGCCGACGUGGUGUUUGCCUCGCACCACUGGCCGACCUGGGGCCAGCGCAGCGCCGUCGACUUCCUCGCCUCGCAGCGCGACCUGUACGGCUACCUGCACGACCAGACGCUCCGCCUGCUCAACAGGGGGCUCACGGGGCCCGAGAUCGCGGAGGCCAUGGCGCUCCCGCCGGCGCUCGAGGGCGCCUGGGCCGCCCGCGGGUACUACGGCUCCCUGAGCCACAACGUCAAGGCCAUCUACCAGCGCUACAUGGGCUGGUUCGACGGCAACCCGUCCCAUCUGUGGGAGCAUCCGCCCGCCGACCGCGCCCGGCGGUACUUGAAGCUCGCGGGGGGCGCGGGCCAGGUCGUCGACCGCGCGAGGGAGGCCCUUGGCGAGGGCGACUUCCGCUGGGCGGCCGAGAUACUCAACCACGUCGUGUUUGCGGAGCCCGAGCACGCCGAGGCGAGGGCCCUGCUGGCGGACACGUACGAGCAGCUGGGCUACGGGAGCGAGAACGGGCCGUGGCGGAACUUUUACAUGUCGGGGGCGGCGGAGCUGCGCGGCGGCAAGUUUGGCGCCCCGACGUCGACUGCUUCCGGGGACGUGGUCGGCCAGCUCACGCCCGAGAUGGUGUUUGACUCGCUGGCCGUCAGGGUCGACGGGCCGAGGGCGUGGGGGCAGAGCCUGGCGAUUGACGUGGUGCUGGUGGACGCCGGCGAGCGGUACAGGCUGUGGCUGUCCAACGGGGUGUUGGUGUAUUCGGCGGCGAGGCGGGAGGCGAGCCCGGACGUGACGCUCUCGGCGACGCGGAGGCAGCUUUGUGCCCUGGUGGGUUUGGGACGCGGUCCGGAUGCUUUGAGGGCGGCUGGGAUCGAGAUUGACGGGGAUGUCUCGGUGCUGGCGAGGCUCGGGGGGCUGCUGGAUCCGGGGGAUAGGAACUUUGAUAUUGUUACGCCGUGA